AUGUUUCAGUAUAGGAACUCUGAAAAAGGACAACUUCCUGCACUGCUCAAUUUGAUGUUGGCCAUUGAGAGUCUGCUGGCACUCAAAUGGUUUUCGAUGUACAGAAUCAAGUGGGGUCCUGGACAUAAAAUUUUUCUUGGGCUGCUGGCAUGUUUCCUAUGUUUGGUUAGUACAAGUCUUCCGUUGGGUUAA